AUGAGGGGCCAUCUAAUCUCGUCAGGGAAUCAGGACGUCAUCAGAUUAAUCGGAAACCCGGAAACUCCCCCACCCAACGACACAAGGACUGCCUCUUUCGUCUGCUCGUAUAAUUGUCGGACUAUUGCAUCGGAUGCUGAUCUCCGAACACUUCUGCUGAGGAGUCGUCAGAUCAAGUACGAUGUUAUCGCUAUACAAGAAACGAAGGGCAGAACGGAAACCAUUAGGAGGAAAACCGAUCACAACGAGCUGCUUAUUGUUGGAGCCAAGGUGGAUGGCAAGAAUGUCGGCGGAGUUGGAUUUCUCAUAAACCAGGCAGUGGUCCAUCUAGUAGACUCUCACAAAAUCAUCAGUCCACGCAUCGCUGUUCUACGCUUGCUGACCAAAGAUCAAGGAGCCAUAUCCAUUAUCAAUGGAUAUGCACCCACCUCCACCGCCACUGACGAAGAACGCGAAGAAUUUUACCAGCUUCUGGAAGAUACGAUUCAGAAUGAGAGAACUUACUACAAGUAUGUG